AUGUUUCUGUACAACAUCACACUACAGCGUGCCACUGGCAUUACCCAUGCCAUCCAUGGAAACUUUUCAGGGACCAAGAUGCAGGAAAUUGUUGUUUCCAGAGGGAAGAUUAUAGAGUUGCUUCGGCCAGAUGCAAACACAGGAAAGGUUCACACGUUGCUUACAAUGGAAGUAUUUGGUAUUGUGCGUUCACUCAUGGCCUUCAGACUCACAGGAGGAACCAAAGACUACAUUGUUGUCGGAAGUGACAGUGGUCGUAUCGUCAUUUUGGAAUACCAUCCUUCCAAAAACAUGUUUGAGAAAAUCCACCAAGAGACAUUUGGGAAAAGUGGUUGUCGUCGGAUUGUUCCAGGACAGUUUUUGGCAGUAGACCCAAAAGGCAGAGCAGUGAUGAUAGGUGCCAUAGAGAAACAGAAGUUGGUUUAUAUUCUGAACAGAGAUGCAGCUGCGCGACUGACCAUCUCUUCCCCACUGGAAGCCCACAAAGCCAACACACUGGUUUACCAUGUAGUGGGUGUGGACGUAGGUUUUGAAAAUCCCAUGUUCGCUUGUCUGGAAAUGGACUAUGAGGAAGCUGACAACGACCCAACUGGAGAAGCUGCAGCCAACACCCAGCAGACGCUCACGUUCUAUGAGCUGGAUCUCGGCUUGAACCACGUGGUUCGAAAGUACAGCGAGGCUUUAGAAGAACAUGGAAACUUUCUCAUCACCGUUCCUGGUGGUUCAGAUGGACCGAGCGGAGUUCUGAUCUGCUCUGAAAACUACAUCACAUAUAAGAAUUUUGGAGACCAGCCUGACAUUCGCUGUCCUAUCCCUCGUCGCAGGAAUGAUCUGGAUGACCCAGAGCGGGGUAUGAUAUUUGUUUGCUCGGCAACCCACAAGACCAAGUCGAUGUUUUUCUUCUUAGCCCAGACCGAGCAAGGAGACAUCUUUAAGGUUACCUUGGAAACGGAUGAAGAAAUGGUCACAGAAAUCAGGCUCAAGUAUUUUGACACUAUCCCUGUGGCAACAGCUAUGUGUGUUUUGAAGACUGGCUUCCUGUUUGUGGCCUCAGAGUUUGGAAAUCAUUACCUUUACCAGAUUGCCCACUUGGGGGAUGACGACGAGGAGCCUGAGUUCUCCUCUGCAAUGCCUCUGGAAGAAGGUGACACCUUCUUCUUCCAGCCACGCCCACUCAAGAAUCUGGUGCUUGUUGAUGAACAAGAAAACUUGUCACCAAUUAUGUCCUGUCAAAUUGCCGAUUUGGCCAAUGAAGACACACCGCAGCUUUAUGUGGCUUGUGGACGAGGACCCAAAUCCACUUUAAGGGUUCUUAGACAUGGACUGGAGGUUUCUGAAAUGGCUGUAUCUGAGCUGCCCGGUAACCCCAAUGCCGUCUGGACAGUACGCAGACAUAUCGAAGAUGAAUUUGAUGCCUACAUCAUCGUGUCUUUCGUCAAUGCUACGCUCGUCCUGUCCAUUGGUGAGACUGUAGAGGAGGUGACGGAUUCUGGAUUUCUGGGAACAACUCCCACCCUGUCGUGCUCACUGCUAGGUGACGAUGCCCUUGUUCAGGUGUACCCAGACGGUAUCCGGCAUAUUAGAGCAGACAAGCGUGUGAAUGAGUGGAAGACUCCUGGCAAAAAGACGAUUGUGCGUUGUGCUGUGAACCAGCGGCAAGUGGUUAUUGCCCUUACAGGUGGUGAGCUGGUGUACUUCGAGAUGGACCCGUCAGGCCAGCUAAAUGAGUAUACUGAGCGCAAGGAGAUGUCUGCAGAUGUGGUCUGUAUGAGUUUGGCCAAUGUUCCCCCUGGUGAACAGCGCUCUCGGUUCCUUGCCGUGGGACUCGUUGACAACACUGUUCGAAUCAUAUCACUGGACCCUUCGGAUUGCUUGCAGCCAUUGAGUAUGCAGGCUCUCCCAGCCCAGCCAGAGAGUCUUUGUAUUGUUGAAAUGGGAGGUGUUGAGAAGCAGGAUGAACUUGGAGAGAAAGGAACUAUGGGGUUCCUUUACUUAAACAUCGGACUCCAGAAUGGUGUCCUGCUGAGAACUGUGCUGGAUCCAGUCACCGGUGAUCUGUCUGAUACAAGAACCCGCUAUCUGGGCUCACGACCUGUCAAGCUUUUCAGAGUCAAGAUGCAGGGACAAGAUGCGGUUCUUGCCAUGUCCAGUCGGUCAUGGCUCAGCUACUCAUAUCAGUCUCGCUUCCAUUUGACGCCUCUGUCGUACGAGACUCUGGAGUAUGCUUCUGGCUUUGCCUCAGAACAAUGCCCAGAAGGCAUAGUGGCCAUCUCCACUAAUACACUGAGAAUCUUGGCUCUGGAGAAACUAGGAGCUGUCUUCAACCAGGUGGCCUUUCCCUUGCAGUACACUCCCAGAAAGUUUGUGAUCCAUCCAGAGACCAGCAACCUAAUUUUGAUUGAGACUGACCAUAAUGCUUAUACUGAGGCGACCAAAGCUCAAAGAAAACAACAGAUGGCUGAGGAAAUGGUGGAGGCUGCAGGUGAGGAUGAGAGAGAGCUGGCUGCUGAGAUGGCUGCUGCCUUCCUCAAUGAGAAUCUACCGGAAGCAAUUUUUGGUUCCCCAAAAGCUGGUGCUGGGCAGUGGGCCUCACUGGUGCGGCUGGUCAACCCCAUUCAGGGGACAACACUGGAUCAAGUGCAGUUAGAACAGAAUGAAGCCGCAUUUAGUGUUGCAGUGUGCCGUUUCCAUAAUGUACCGGAUGACUGGUUUGUCCUAGUUGGAGUGGCCAGGGACAUGAUCUUAAACCCUAGAUCAGUUGCCGGCGGCUUCAUCUACACUUACCGUCUCACGGGUGGGGGAGAAAAGCUUGAGUUUGUGCACAAGACACCAGUCGAAGAUGUGCCCUUGGCCAUUGCGCCAUUCCAGGGUCGGGCAUUAGUCGGAGUCGGGAAACUCCUGAGGAUUUACGACAUGGGCAAAAAGAAGCUGCUGCGCAAGUGUGAAAACAAGCAUGUCCCCAAUCUGGUCACUGGCAUCCACACCAUUGGCCAGCGUGUGGUUGUCUCUGAUGUACAGGAGAGUCUGUUCUGGGUCCGCUACAGGCGUAACGAGAACCAGCUCAUCAUUUUUGCUGAUGAUACGUGUCCCCGCUGGGUGACAACUGCAUGUCUGCUGGACUACGACACUAUGGCGUCUGCAGACAAAUUUGGGAACAUAACCAUUGUUCGGCUUCCUCCCAACACAAGUGAUGAUGUUGAUGAGGAUCCAACAGGGAACAAGGCCUUAUGGGACAGGGGGCUUCUCAAUGGAGCAUCACAGAAGGCUGACGUGAUUGUCAACUACCAUGUUGGGGAGACCAUCUUGUCCAUGCAGAAAACUACUUUGAUCCCCGGAGGCUCAGAAUCACUGGUGUAUACUACCCUGUCUGGAGGCAUUGGAAUUCUUGUGCCUUUUACUUCACAUGAGGAUCAUGAUUUCUUCCAGCAUUUAGAGAUGCACAUGCGCUCGGAAUUCCCACCACUAUGUGGAAGAGACCAUCUCAGUUUUAGGUCUUACUACUUCCCUGUCAAGAAUGUGAUUGACGGUGAUCUGUGCGAGCAGUUCAACAGCAUGGAGCCUCACAAGCAGAAAAGUGUGGCCGAGGAGCUGGACAGAACGCCACCAGAGGUCUCCAAGAAACUGGAGGACAUCCGCACACGUUACGCAUUCUGA